AUGGCUGAUGGCCAGGAUUCUGAGGUUACCGUAAACACCAGGGCUCUCAUAGACAAAGUGCUGGCCCGGUACUCCAGUGAACACACAACUUUACGGGAGUUGAUUCAGAAUGCUUCCGACGCUGGCGCAAGCACGGUCGUCAUCAAAUAUGAGACCGACCCGUCUCUCGAAGUUCCCACACCACAGGGCUCAGAAAAAUCCAUAUUAUUGAAACACAUUAUCCAACAGCACACCCUUAAGCGGCUGAUUGUUACCAACAACGGGCAGCCAUUUACAGCAGCAGACUGGAGUCGCUUAAAGAGUAUUGCGGAUGGGAAUCCGGACGAGACGAAGAUUGGUGCAUUUGGUGUAGGCUUCUACAGCGUAUUCGCUGACUGCGAUGAGCCUUUUGUUGUCUCUGGGGAGAAAACCAUGGCUUUCUACUGGAAGGGAAACACAUUGUCCACCAAAGUCGCAAGUGUUCCAGAGGAACACCGAACGAACAACACAACAUUUUCCCUGGAUUAUCGGCAGGCUGAUCUGUCCUCUCCAUCUUACAACCCAGCGAAAGUCCCAAACCUGCCAACUCUAUGCCAGUUUCUGGCCACUAGCCUAACCUUUGUGGGUUUGCAGUCUCUCGAACUUCACGUCGAUAAUCACAAGGUUGCUUCUUUCACCAAGAAAACCUCUCCACCCGCGGACUUAGCGGUUCCGAGAGGGUUGAAGACUGAGACGGACGGAGGGUUCAUGCGCGUUGCUAAAGUUUCUCAGCAGCAUUCUCAAAUCGAUGCAGAGUGGAGCAAUGUGAUCGCAUCAGCGCAGAAUCCACCGAAACGAGCUGCUGAGAUGGUUCAAGCCGAAGUGCGAAAUGCUGGCACGGCAUUGAAGAGCUUUUUCUCCAAGUUCUCUGCGCCAACACCGAAAGCGAGCAAACCUGCACUUACAGCGAAAGCAUCGGGCACGCUUUCACAUGACACCAAUGAUAUCGCUGGAGAGUCGACUGGGGUCAUCUUCCUGCAAGUCUGCACCGUUGAGGUCGAUACACGUGUAGCAAAGAGUUUUGCAGCAGAGAUCGAACGUGCUACAAAGAAACCACCGCCCCGGAAAACACGAAUUGCCCUUCUAACUUCACCGUACCAAGAUCCUACCAUUCCGUCAUCGACUGGCACCGGCAAAACAGCUGAUCUGGCCGAGAAACUGUUUUCAGAAGUUCUACCUACGAAGACAGGGAGAAUCUUCAUCGGGUUUCCAACUGCCCAAACAACUGGAGUCCUCGCACACAUUUCCGCCCCAUCACUUAUUCCCACGGUGGAACGUGAGAACGUGGAUUUGAAUGCCCGCUACAUUUCUCAAUGGAACAUUGAAUUACUCCGCGUGGCUGGUCUGGCUUGCCGCAUUCUGUACGCCUCAGAUAUGGCCGACAUUCAGAAACGAUACGGCCAGGAGCCAAUGGACAAUUUGAUUCAAAGAGCCAUUUAUGUUUUCCAGCAGUUUACGUCAAACGCUUCGCAUCCUUCCACUGUACUGGGAGAAAAGGUUGAAGAGGCCUUCUGGAGUUGUUCCAAGGAGCGCUCCAUCGAGAUGCUUUCUUCCAAAGGCGUCAUGGCAAGCAAAUUAGUACGAAUGCCCGCAGAGACUUUGAGCUUUUUAGGAGAGGUGCCUAUGGUGCCUCAGGACCUAGCUACCAAAACAUACACGUUUAUGGCGGCCCUGCACCAACGCGGUUUCAUUUCUGAACUGACCAUGGCGGAUAUCCGAGAGGGGCUUGAGAGCCGAGCUUUGACGGAAGAUGAGCUGGCUGAGUUCCUCAAAUGGUCUGGAGCGAAACUAGAAAGCAACGAGAUUGAUAAGAAUGGUAUUCGUAGCCUCUUCGAGAUCACGGUGGCAAACGUUGAUACCAGUCCCGACGAGAAUUCAGGAAGGAUACUUGCAUUAGGCGACGUGAGCACGUACAUCAACACGGCCAGGAUCUCUCCCACGCUUCCCGUACCUGUGGACACGAUUCCCUUCGCUUUCUCAAAAUCUAUACCCACUAAGCAGCUUCAAAUGUUCGGAUGGCUUGAAUUGUCGAUGGUACGCUGGUUGCGACACAUGACAGCAGUGCCUCAGCUCCAAGAGUUUCAGUCUUCGGAGAAGAUGGCUACGCAAGUUCUCAGUCUCACCGCAAAAUGCUGGGACCAGCUCGAUGGGUCCUCCAAGGAGGCAGUUGUUCACAUUCUGAGCCCGCAUACCAUUAUGCCAACCAAAACAGGCAUGCAUAAACCGGAAGCAUCCUAUUUCCCUACAGUCAAGCUCUUCGACGACCUCCCUACAGUAAAACCAUUUCCAGGCUCAAAAGAGAAAUUCCUUGCAGCCUUGGGUGUGAGGAAGACAGUUGAGCUCUCAGUGGUAUUCGAUCGCAUGCGCAACCAAGAUUCCAAGUCACCAUCAGAGAAAGCCUCGUGGAACCAUGUCGAUCUCAUUCGAUACUUCGCUUCGGUACUGGACGAGAUGCCGAAGAAAGACCUGGAUCGAUUGAAAGAAACGCCGUUCUUGCCUGGAGAAGGAGCUCCAGUGCAGCAUGGACAGCUUUUCAAGGCGUCAGAUCUUUAUGCACCGGACCAGGCUAUAUUAUCAAUGGGUCUUAUCCAAGUCAAGCUCCCGUUUGAAUUUGGACAGAGCGUCCGCGAAAGCGCGCUGUUGUUGGCACUCGGGCUGAAGCAGUGGCCUGACUCUAUAGCCCUCGCAAACAUCAUGCAUAAGGCUGGCCAAGCGAACGACAAACCGCUUUAUGUUACGGCUUUGAAUUAUUUUAUACAGAACCAUUACAAGCACGGCUAUGCUUCCGAAGCAAGGGCACUCGCGACGCUUUCUCUCCCAAUUCUGCCCACAGAGCAGGCCCCGUGGCCCACGCUAGUCGGGCCGUUUCAAUGUUACACUAAUGAACGCGCUUCCUGCCUGGGAUACGCCAUCCUGAGAGCAGAUUUACGGCCACAUGCUGAGAAAUUUGGUGUGCAACAGAAUCCAGACAUCCAAGACUGUGUGCAACGGCUGAUUAAGGCGCCACCAAAGACAAGGCUUGAUGCCGAGAUGCAGUUCAGCUACUUCGCCAGUAGAUCAACAGAGCUAGAUCAACGUCGACCAUUGUUGACCAGUAUCUCAUCGGCGACCAUUGUUCCUGUUUUCCGGAAGUACUACCUUGAGCCAGCAUCCGUCGGCUUUGAAGAUCGGAAGAGAGCGCAAUCGGGGAAGGCUGAGAUGCGGCUGCACCACCACGACCCUCCUGAGACAGUGUUUGUCGGUCAAGACCAAGAGUGGCAGGGUAUCUUGGAUUAUGUUCAGUACGGAGCUGAAGCGACGAAUUUUCUCCUGAAGGCUGGAGCGAAACACGAGCCAAGCAGCACUGAUCUAGCCUAUCUUAUGUGCCAGAAUCCUGUCCGCUUUCUAAACAAGAUCGGGCAGGAAAAGUACCUUGAUCUUCUUCGCAAAUUGGCCGGUCAAGCUGAUACUCUCUGGAAGGACAAAGAGCUGGCCAAGACAUUGGUGAGCUCUCGUAUUCUGUUGGGCUACCGCGACAUAAGAGAUGAGAAAAAGAGUCUGGCAGCUGCUCAAGAUGAUAAUCUGGAUGACCUUGACGAGCCGGGCGUGUCACGUGAAUGGUCCCUUAACAGUGCCAACGAGGUUGUGAUCAUUGAUGACAUCAACUUCUUCUUUAGGUUUCGUGACUACAUCAUCGCAGCACCCCAAGAGGAAGUGCUCGAAGAAUUUUAUGCUCGAUUCGGGGUGGCAAAGAUAUCGGAACAGGUACACGAAGAGCAGCGCAUUGGUAACUUGACUCGCGACCAGAGCGUAGCUCAUCGCUUGCGCAGCGACAUUCUUGAACGGACCAGGCUCUUCCUACACGAAUAUGAGCGAGACGCAUCGUCCAAGAGCAUACGACACGAUACGAAGUGGCUUGGCUCGAAUAUGAAGGUUGAAUGCGUCUCCGACAUCUCAAUCCGCUACUCAUUGGCGGAUCGAGCAGCGGCGUCAUUCCGACGGACUGCCUUCCUCAGUCGGAAACGCGGCAUAGGAACGAUCCUAUAUGUGACUCCAAAGUACGAUGUCUACGAGGUCAGCAGCCAGCUAAUUCGGAUUCUCAUCAAGAAGCCGAAACAAAACGACUCCAUCGCCCUUGAGCGGAUCCUAACAGAGCCCCUCAGACGCCUGCAAGAGAAAGGUAUCAAUGUCGAACGCAUCCUGCGAAAGAAGGAACACGAAGCUCGCAUUGCAAGGCAACAGGAGCUAGAGCGUGAGUACGAGGAGCAGCAACGUGCCAUUGAGCAAGCCAAGCAAGGCGCUGUCGAGAAGCCAGCUCUGCCAGCUCCUCCAACCACACCAGCUCCCCCAGAAACACCCGAGAAGCCCAAAGAGAAGGGCAUGCCGGGAUCCUUCGGCAGCCCCGACGUCGACGAGUCCGGCCAAGCCGACCACGCGCACGACAACACCCUACGCCCCCCAGAAAAGAGUCUCAUCAACCAAUGGGCCAAAAAGCUCGGCUUUAAGAACGCGCCCACGGCACCAUCCGAUGUCGGCCAAAUCACCAAGGAAAACAAUCAAGUCACCAAAAACAACAUCCAAAACGCCAUCAAAGACUGCCGCCCGAUCAAUAGCCAAAACAUAAACUCCAAGCACCACCAAGACCCGCCGACCGAGCUCGACAAAGGCGGCUACUGCACCGACGAGCAGUGGGAGAAUCUGCACAAAGCCUUCUCCAUCCCCUACUCGGGCAGGCACGUCGACAUCUUCUACGGGCGCGACCACGCCGAGGCCCUGGCGGACAUUCAGCCCUCGCUGCAGCACUUCCUCCCGGCCAUCUUCAGCCUCGCGUCGCUGUUCGGCGUCAACCCCGCGGCAGUCAGCAUCUUCCUCGACAAGCAGAGCCGCACAAUUGCAUUUAAUCAGAAUCGCGCGCUGUUCUUCAACCUUGGGUGGUUCAUGCAGAUGCAUGAGAAGGAGUAUGGGACGCCGGCGGGGAGGGCAAGGGCGCUGGAUAGCUGGUUUCUCACGUUUUGCCAUGAGCUGGCGCAUAAUCUUGUGAGCGAUCAUAAUGCGCGGUUUAUUUGGUAUCAGAGCCAGAUUGCGAUUGAGUAUAGUCAGGCGUAUCGCGGGGUGUUGGAGAAAUUCGUGCAGGAUAUGAAGGUGGAUUAG